AUGAUCACAAAUCAGAUUGGAAUAGCUGUAUUAGGUAUUGCCUUGCUUUUAUCAUUGAGAGAUAUUUAUGGGUAUGAAAAAGAUGAGAAUAACGAUGAAGGAACUCCUGAGAAAGAAUCUAGUGAUCAGACAACAUACGAGGAAGCAUAUGAUGCAGAUCAAGCUCGAGUAAGGCAAAAAUCAGCUUAUUUGAAUCCACCGUCUCGUACUACUAAGCAUUUGCCUAGUAUCAAAUUUUUAUUCUGCGUUUCAUGUGGUUAUCGGCAAAAAUUCAGUGAAUACAGUCAUUACAUACUUCAGAAAUAUCCUUCAAUAGAAGUCCUUGGUGACAACUAUUCUCCAGUAGCAUGGAAGAGCUUUUUAGCAGAAGCUGUCAAGUUGGCUAAGGUAUUAUUUAUUGUACUGGUAAUGAUGGGACGUGAUCCAUUCCCGUCGAUUGGACAACCAACUCCGCGAUUUUUCUCUUGGGCUUUGAACAAUAAACUUUCAUCAUGCAUCAUGAUAUUUCUUCUCUCCAACACUUUAGAAAGUUCUCUCAUAUCAACGGGGGCAUUCGAAAUUUAUUUAGGAGAUGAGCAGAUAUGGUCGAAGUUAGAGAGUGGUCGAAUACCAUCACCAGCAGAACUAUUUCAGAUUAUCGACCAGCAAAUGGAAUUGCAGGGUGUAAAAGCAAGUUCUCGGAACUAUUUAAUAAACUUCUUUGCAUGA